UUACUUUUACUGCUCUUUUACUUGCGGAUUAAAUUUCACAGAAAAACCUGCAAAUACCUGUAAAUAUUUAGUUUGAAGGAAACUGAAGAUCAGACGUUCUGAAAAGACGUUUCAAGGUUCAAGGUUUGAAUCCUCCAUUUUCUGUCAUGCUUUUAUUGUGAAAUAUAACUCACCUACAAGUGAAUAAUUAGAUUGAAAUUAGUGAAGUUGUUACUCAUUGAGUUCCACCAGUACUUUGAGUAUUAAUACGUUUUAAAGUUGAAGGUUUUCAAACAAGAACAUGUGCACACUGAAAUAUGAAUGUCUUAAUACAUUGAUAUUACCAUCUUUACUUUUUUAGUAAGACAUUAACAACUAUAUGCUUUCAUUCAAUACAAAUUCUAAUAAUGUAUGAAUACAUCGUAUAAGUAUGUAUUUAAAAAUCACAAACUCGUGUAUUGUACUUUGUAUUGUGGAAGUAAGUCACAAAACUUUUAGAUAGAAAUGAAAGGCUUCUUUGUUAGAGACAAAAAUGUAUUAAUGCAUCAUUAAAUAUGUUUAAAAUAUUUAAACUAAUGGUGAAGAUAUCUAAUAAUAAUAAUACAUUUUAUAUUUAUUUACAGAGCGAGCAAAACAUAGGUAAAACAUAGUUAAAGUAAAGUAAAAGCUAUUAAAACAUAAAGCUUGUGAUAAAGAGGAUGUGAACCGAAGGUGGAACAUCUGCAGCUCAUUCGUCUUCCUGAGAGAAGAUUCUGAGCUGAACAGAAUUCUGACUCACAUUUUUCAAAUAUUUGGUCUGGAAACACAUUGAUCCUAAAGUGUUGGGUGCUGAGUUACAGGUGUUACAUUAGUACCUUUUUUACUAUAAGUAAAUAAUAAACGUGUCAUUAUAACGAGCUUCUGCCAGGCUGAUCAGCAUAUGAUAAUAUACGUAAUAUUUACACAAUGACUUUGAGUUGUCUGCAAAAAGGUAACGGAGUCGGUCCUCUGAAUGCUCUUGUGUUGCUUCCUCUGAGGCCGCUGUGCGCUCGGGCCGAAGCAGGCGCCGCGAUGGAGGCUUCUGCGGGCCGGAACUUCUCCCACACCUCCUUCCUGUUCCGGGGUUUCGACGGGCUGCAGAAGCAGCGGGAGCUGCUGGUGCUGCCGCUCUGCGCCUCCUUCCUGGCGGCGCUGCUGGGGAACGGCCUGCUGGUCCUCGUGGUGCUCUGCACGGAGAGCCUGCACAGCCCCAUGUACGCCCUCAUCGCCGCACUCUGUGCGGUCGACCUCCUGGCGGCGACUGCCAUCGUGCCCAAGAUGCUGCUGGGCCUCCUCUUCGACUGGGACCACAUCUCAUUGGCCGGCUGCCUGGCUCAGAUGUUCUCAACCCACUUCCUGUCGUCCCUGGAGUCCACGCUGCUGCUGGCCAUGGCGCUGGAUCGCUACGCAGCCGUCUGCCGGCCGCUGCGUUACACCGAGUUGGUGGGCGCGUCCGCCUUGGCCAAGCUGCUGCUCUUCGCCCUGGUGCGCAGCGGCUCCGUCAUGGCCACGCUGGUGGCGCUGGCGGGUUCGUUGCAGUUCUGUGGCUCCAACGUGAUCCUCCACUGCUACUGUGACCACAUGGCGCUGGUCAGCCUGGCGUGUGGCAGCACAGAGAGAAACGUAGCGGCCGGCCUGGCUGUGAUCGUGUGCUUCGUGGGCGUGGACAUACCACUCAUCUUUUUCUCCUACGUGAAGAUCCUGGGUGCCGUCCUGAGGGCGGCGGCCGCCGGCGAGCAUCGCAGCAAGGCCUUUCACACGUGCGGCACUCAUCUGAUGGUCAUGAUGUGUUUCUACCUGGUGGGGAGCGUCACCUUCCUCUCUCACAACCUGAAAAUCAACAUGCCGACCAACGCCAACACCCUCAUGGGCGUGGCCUACAUUCUGCUGCCGGCCACCAUCAACCCCGUCAUCUACGGCGUCCGGACCAAGGAGAUCCGCAGCGGCUUUCUAAGGCUUUUCAGAGCAAAGAAAAUGACCACGUUGAGGGUUUCUGCUGCUGGUACAACCAAGACGUGACAAAGACGGUUCCAAAUCCCUCAGUUUGGUCUUCUUGUCUCUUUGAGUCACAGAUUCUAUAUGAACUCAAACUUCACCUCAUCUACAACAAAGGAGAAGAAAGAAGGGAAUAAAUGACUGCUGCAACUA